UCACUUCUCUACCGGUCAAGUUGUUGAUGUGUGUUGUGCUGUAGAGCUAGAGUUAUGGCCGACGGAGAUCAAGGUAAUUACGGCGAAGGAGAUUUUUCUGCCGAUGGACAGUACGGUGAUUAUAACGAGGGCCAGUUUGCGGACGGCCAGUAUCAGCAAGACGGCACCGGUGCCAGUGGUGUAAAUGACGGCACCCAAAAUGGCAGCGCAGAAACGAAGGGCAACGAAGACGAAAGGAAGCUGUUUGUUGGUGGCAUCAGCUGGGAUACAGAAAACAAGGAUCUGAGGGAAUACUUUUCAAAGUUCGGCACAGUUGCCGACGUCAACAUCAAGACUGACCCAACAACGGGAAAGUCAAGAGGCUUCGGCUUUGUUACAUUCACAUCCAAAGAUGCUCUUGCUGCGGUCUUGAAAGAAUCCCCACACUCCGUAAAGGGCAAACAAAUAGACCCCAAGCCGGCGAAGGCGAGGCCUGGUAUAAAAAAGAUCUUUGUAGGUGGCUUGGAAGCCGAAAUGCCAGAGGCUGACAUCAAGGCCUACUUCGAGAAGUUUGGCCCCGUCGAAAGUGUGGAACUUCCGUUCGACAAGGCAAAGAACCAGAGGCGGCAGUUUGCGUUUGUAACAUUUGAACGUGAGGACUCUGUGGAAAUGGUGUGCAGAGAGCCGAAGCAGAAGAUCGGCAACAAGGAGUGCGACAUCAAGAAGGCCACACCGAAACCAGAUCCCCGCAGCAUGCGAGGUGGAGGCGGCGGCUGGGGAGGAUUUCCCGGAGGAGGACGCGGUGCUGGUGGUGGCCGAGGAGGACGCGGUGGACGUGGCGGUGAGAAUCCUUCUGGUCAAGGCUGGGGCGGCGGUGGCUACGGUGGUGGCCAGGGCGGCUACGGUGGUUAUGGCCAAGGCGGUUACGGUGGCUACGGUAACUACGAUUAUGGUAGUGGCUACGGCGGCGGCUAUGGAGGCGGUUACGACUACUCUGGCGGGUGGAACUAUGGCGGAGGCCAGGGGGGUUAUGGAAGCGGAUACGGCCAACAGAGUAACUUCGGCGGGAAGACACGCCGUGGGGGAGGAGGAAAUGGCGGCGGCAGUGGAGGCUAUCACCCCUACAACCGUUAAUGCAUGUUGCUGAAAACACGCACACAGAUGUGCACACUUCGGCGUGCAUUUCUACCACGUCUUCAUUUGUGUAACUUUGUCACCGUCGUCAAGCCAAACCAUGAGAACUACCAUCCCGAGAUCAAAUUUGUUUUUAAAAUGAGAAAAGUGGCAGUAGCAUUCAUUCCCUUCGUCUUCUUGUUACUCCAUUGUUUUGUGUAUUUUCAUCAACACUCAAGUAAGCAGAGGAACGAGAAAAAUUGAUUGACAAGUUGUAUAUAGUGGAAUUUUUUUACUGUGGCAGUAAAAGAGUGUAGUCAUCCGAA